AUGUUCUCCGCCCCUCUUCUUCUCGUCCUCCUCUCUCUCGCCAUUGCAACCAAAAUUGACAGCGGACGCAGCACUCGGACGCCUGAUGGUUGUCGCACCAUCCCAGGCGAUUCGUCAUGGCCAGGCCCUUCACAGUGGGACCAGUUCAACCAGACAGUCGGUGGGAAGCUCAUCGCAACGGUACCCAUAGCAGCUCCUUGCCACAAUACUCUGUUCGGCCAGCCCAGUGGCGUUUACAACCAAGACAAGUGCGAUGCGCUGCGCAACACAUGGUACUAUCCUACCACACACCUGCUUUCGUCUUCAUCACCCAUGGCAUACACUUUCUCGAAUAAUAGUUGCAACCCAUUCUUGGGUCCAGACACUCCCUGCACCAUCGGAGGCUAUGUGGUCUUCACAGUCAACGCAACUAGCUCCGAGGACUUUCAGGCGACUGUUGAAUUCGCUAAAAAAAAGAAUAUACGGUUGGUUAUACGCAACUCUGGCCAUGACUAUCUCGGAAAAUCGACUGGAGCCCACGCUUUGGGGCUUUGGACCCAUAAUCUCAAGUCAAUGGAACUCAUUCAAACAUACCAGAACAACAACACCUAUUACAAUGGCCCAGCAAUCAGACUGGGAGCUGGAGUUCGUACUAUUGAAGCCUAUGAGUUCGCAAAUUCUCAUGGCUACGUUGUGGUGGGAGGCAAUUGUCCAACCGUUGGCUUGGCUGGUGGUUACAUUCAAGGGGGAGGCCAUGGCCCUCUUUCAUCCAUGUUUGGUCUGGCUGCGGACCAGGUGCUCGAGUACGAGCUUGUGACUGCUGAUGGCAGGCUCGUCACAGCUACGAGAACGUCACAUAGCGACCUAUUCUGGGCAUUACGAGGUGGCGGCGGGAGUACGUUUGGUAUUGUGGUUUCGGUGGUGGUGAAAGCAUUCCCCGACAGCUCCUUCUCGACGGCUUAUAUGAUGAUUUCGAACAACGGGACGAACGAAGAAGCCUUGUAUUCUGCUGUGGGAACCUUUAUACAGACACUGCCGUCGCUUGUUGAUGCUGGUGCCAUCGCGAUUUGGGUCGUCAUCCCGGAAGGCUUCUACGUCACACCAGUGAUAUACCCUGGGAUCCAGUCUGCGGAACUUGACGCCAAAUUGGCGCCCGUCACCGACAGUCUUCAGCGCCUCGGACUCACGUACACUUAUUCAUCGUCGAGCUAUCCGACCUUCUUGACAACCUUCAACUCCGUGACCACAGUCAGCAAUGUUUCGGACCAGAAUAUAGGAGGCAGGCUCAUCCCAAGAUCACUGGUAGAAGGCAACGAUAUCACCCAGCUGGUGGACUCCAUCAGGUACAUCAGUACUCAAGAUGGCGGCGUCUUCGUCGGUAACGCAAUCAACGUCAGGGGCGGUGUUGCGUCGCCUGACGACGUUGCCGCGAACCCCCAUUUCCGGGACACCCUCUUCAGCGCCACCAUCGGAACCACCAUCGAUUAUCUCAACUGGGACACCACUCUUGCUGCCAAGCAAACCAUCACGGACGAUCUACUACCAAGGCUCGAGGCUCUCACUCCGGGUGGCGGGGCAUAUCUGAACGAAGGCGACGUCAAUCAGCCUGAAUUCCAGUCGACCUUCUUCGGAGACCACUACGAUAGACUACUACAGAUCAAACGGGAAUAUGAUCCAUGUGGCAUCUUCUACGCUGAGACGGCUGUUGGAAGUGAGAGCUGGGUGCAGGACAUCAACGGCAGACUCUGUCGGGCUUGA